ACUCGGGCGACGAUGUUUAUGUAGCUCCUAUCUACGUACAUUUACUCCGCACAACUUGCAAUGACAAAACGCGUGCAGUGAAGUUACGUUUCGUACUGAACAUUUUAAAUUUUCCCACGCUUUUUGGGCGCAUGCGCUGUAGCGCUGCUGUGAUUGGUCGUGCAGAGGAACGUACUUAGGAAAAGCCGAAAACAUGAGUGUCACCAAGAACUGUGUCAGUCGUAGUUCGUGCAAUAGCAAAGGGAGCAUGAUUGUUGUUUCGAACAGACUGCCUUUUAUUUUAAAAAGGAAUGAGAAAACCGGCGACUUGGAAAGAAAGGCCAGUGCCGGUGGGCUAGUGACAGCCGUAGCACCUGUGGUGAUACGCUGCCAUGGCAUCUGGGUGGGCUGGCCGGGCAUCCACCUCGAGGACCCCAACGAGAAGAUCCCAGAAUCAAACCCGAACGACAAGACGCCUACAGCGGGCUUGCUAUCUAAACAGAUCGUACCAAUACGUGCGGAGCCAAACCUCUUCGAUAGCUACUACAAUGGGUGCUGUAACGCUACAUUCUGGCCUCUCUUCCACUCCAUGCCUGAUCGCGCCACGUUCAUUGCCGACCACUGGAAGGCCUACAUCAAGAUCAACGAAGAAUUCGCGGAAAAAACUGUACACGCCCUACACUUACUAAAACAGGACAAAGAGAAGAAUGGCUCACCCCCAAUCGUCUGGGUUCACGACUAUCAUCUCAUGUUGGCAGCCAAUUGGAUCAGACAGAGAACCGAAGAAGAAGAUAUCAAAUGCAAACUUGCGUUCUUCUUACACAUUCCUUUCCCCCCAUGGGAUAUCUUUCGGCUUUUCCCAUGGUCAGACGAGGUUUUACAAGGAAUUCUAGGUUGCGAUAUGGUCGGAUUUCACAUAACGGACUACUGCUUAAAUUUCAUAGACUGUUGCCAAAGAAAAUUAGGUUGCCGCGUCGAUAGGAAGAACCUUCUAGUCGAAUUGGGUGGUCGCACCAUCUGUGUCAGACCUUUGCCCAUCGGGGUUCCCUUCGACAGAUUCGUGCAUUUGGCGCAAAACGCGAAACCAGUGCUUUCUACAAAUCAAAAAGUAAUCCUCGGCGUGGAUAGAUUGGACUACACCAAGGGAUUAGUGCAUAGACUGAAAGCAUUCGAGAGGCUGUUGGAGAAAUAUCCCGAGCACAUAGAGAAAGUGAUGCUUCUCCAAAUUUCGGUACCGUCUAGGACAGAUGUCAAAGAGUAUCAGGACUUAAAGGAAGAGAUGGACCAGUUAGUUGGGAGGAUAAACGGGAGGUUCACCACUCCCAACUGGUCACCAAUUAGAUAUAUCUAUGGUUGCGUUGGUCAAGAUGAGCUAGCUGCUUUCUACCGCGAUGCCGCCGUGGCUCUUGUCACUCCUCUCCGUGACGGAAUGAAUCUAGUCGCCAAAGAAUUCGUAGCUUGUCAAAUCAACAAUCCGCCAGGAGUGUUGAUCGUCUCGCCCUUCGCUGGGGCCGGAGAGAUGAUGCACGAAGCACUGAUAUGUAAUCCAUACGAAUUAGAUGACGCUGCUGAAGUUAUACACAGGGCACUCAUUAUGCCAGAGGAUGAACGAACGGUCCGCAUGAAUCAUCUACGGCGGCGGGAACAGCUGAACGACGUAGAUUCAUGGAUGAAGAACUUCCUUAAAGCAAUGGACUCGCUGGAGGAAGAGGCUGACGAUAUCGGAGCUACUUCCAUGCAGCCAGUCACCAUCGACGAUUUCGACGAAUAUCUUUCCAAAUACAUCGGUUACACGCAAAAACUGGCACUACUCUUAGACUACGAUGGUACAUUGGCACCCAUUGCGCCUCAUCCAGAUCUCGCCACGUUGCCGUUGGAAACCAAACACACCCUACAGAGGCUGUCCAAUAUGUCCGAUGUGUAUAUAGCCAUUGUCUCCGGCCGCAAUGUGGACAACGUCAAAAAUAUGGUCGGUAUUGAAGGCAUCACGUACGCGGGUAACCAUGGUCUGGAGAUUCUACAUCCGGACGGCAGCAAGUUCGUCCACCCGAUGCCCAUGGAGUGUCAAGACAAAGUGGUUGUGCUUCUCAAGUCCCUUCAAGAGCAGGUGUGCAAAGACGGCGCUUGGGUGGAGAACAAGGGUGCUUUACUGACGUUCCACUUCCGUGAGACUCCAUUAGCGAAACGUCCCGCUUUGGAAGAGACCGCGCGGCGUUUAAUCACCGCUGCCGGCUUCACGCCCGUGGUCGCGCACUGUGCCAUAGAGGCGCGCCCGCCCGUGCAAUGGGACAAGGGUCGAGCAUCUAUAUACAUUCUGAGGACAGCAUUCGGAUUAGACUGGUGCGAGAGAAUCAGGGUCAUAUACGCCGGUGAUGAUGUCACUGACGAGGACGCCAUGUUGGCCCUGAAAGGUAUGGCCGCUACAUUCCGUAUCGCGUCCUCCACAAUCACCAAAACGUCAGCAGAACGCCGUUUGUCGUCCACCGACUCAGUCCUGGCGAUGCUUAAAUGGGUAGAACGUCACUUCUCAAGACGCAAACCACGCGCGAAUUCUCUCACUUACAGAAGCGCUAGAAAAGCGCGAGACUCCUUACAAAUGCAGAUGUCUUACCAGCCGAUGACUAGAAUAUCCCCCAGGUCUUCACCAAGGUCAUCCCCUAAAGCAACACCACCAGAAACGCCGGACAAAGCUUCCAGCGGAUCAGAGUCGAGCUAACUCAACAGCACGUGUGACCAAAUCUCGUUUCUCCGUUGUACGCAACUUGCUUAUCUUCUCGAACUUUCGUCGCUUAUUAAAUAUAACUAUAGUAUUCUUAUUUUUCCUGAUUCGUUGUCAGCUUCGACGAAAAUAUAAGGCAUUGUCGCAGAAUGUAUGUGUCAAUCGGAACAUCCGAAUCACAAAAUGCGAAGCAAACAUAAAAUGAAUGCUUCGAUGAAUAUUGUCUUCUUGAGAAGUAGAAUCAGUAGAAACAUCUAGAGACAAACAUUCAUGUAAACUUUUUAAAGAAUUCGUGACGCGCCAAUGACAAUGACUAUCCUGGGCCCUUGAUUUUGUUUGAACUUUCGACUCUUCGAUCGCUUUUAUUUAAUAGUUGGGAAAGAUUUAUUACUUAAUUAUGUCACAUUGACACUUUUCUUUGCCUUUAAAGGGGAUAGCAGAAAGAGGUAAACCCGAAACAGAAACUUUGGAAACGUGACGCCACCCGACACGAAUUUUCUAUGGUCGCGUCGGAUGUUCCUAAUGUGAUUCUGAUAAAAGAAAAUAGUGCAUUUAAUUUGUCCCAACACGCGUCGGCGUCGCGUUUCAAAAGUCUGUUCGGCCUUUAAGUUUUAAAAUUAGCUUCAAGUCUUUCCAGGGGUGAUUGAGUAAGAUAAAUACCCGCAUAUUAUCACCGUUUUAUCUGUAUAGUUGUAAAUGCACAUACGUAGGUACCUACGUUAUGCGCAGUCUUAAAUUUGACGUUACAACAUUAAGACUCGAGAAGGAGUUCACACUGGCCACUCGCCAUAAUUGAUAUUAAUCUACAGUUAAGUACUAAUACGUAACCUAAAUAGAACUG